AAGUGACGAGUUCAUGGAGAACCUCUGACCUCCGCUCGGCGAUGUCAACACACUCGAGCAGACGAUGCCAAGGGCGCUUUCUCCUCCUUAUCCCCGGCGAGGAGUAAUGCGCCUCUAGCUGUUAAUAUUCGCGGCGAUGCGUUAAUUAUCUGGCGGUUUAUUAUAUAAGGACGAUUCUCGCCGUCGUUUCUAGAUAUCAGUCGUGCUCGAAUCGCCAGGUCACCAGUUUUAAGAUCCUUCAAAUAUUAUAAAUCCUCAAUUACCUGCAGCCAUGCAUUGUCAGCAGCUCGUCCCCGCACUCACCGCAGCGCUCGCUUUUUUGCCCCUAGGCAUGCCAGCUUCACUACCUUUCGGUCAUUAUGGCCCUGAAGGCACCGUGCUAUUCCUGAAUGGCUUCCACUUCGUCUCGGGACACAGUGACUGGGAGAUUUCCGCCAACCACUAUUGUGUGAUUAUUCGCGACGAUAUGUUGCAGUGCGCUGUCUACAAUACUGCGACGGCACCUGCACGCCUGGCGGGUAUCGAAUACAUCAUUACUUCCGACGCUUUUGAGACGUUGGACUACGAAGAACGUCAACUAUGGCACAGCCAUGUGUAUGAAGUGACUAGUGGUUUUUUGACCCAACCAGGGUUGCCUGCGUCCGUAGAUUACACCAUUAUGAAGGAUGUCUUGGUUGGAACCUAUGGCAAGACGUUCCACACCUGGAGAUAUGACCAGCAGAAUUCUACAUACCCUAUCGGUAUCCCUGAACUUGUGAUGGGUUAUACUGGAGAUGACCAAAUUACCCCUGACUUCGUCACCAAGCGAGAUGAGCUCUUCGGUCUGAACACUACUGAGGUUAGGGAGUCGCGUAGUGAUAUCCCGCACCCUCCAGUUGUGCCUGGGGCGGAUAGCUGGAAGUAUGGCUAUGUCUUGUCGUUGGGAAUAGUCAACGAGACGACGAACACCUCGUUUCCCAACGAUGGGAAGCAGGUUGUUCUCUCAUCGUAGACCCUUUAAACUAUACCUUGGUUUGGGGUAGUCUUCCUCGGGGUCUGUUUAACGCGAGGACCGAUAUAUACUACAUAAACAUAUAUGGAGUUA